AUGGAUUUCAAUGAAACUGAUACAAAGAUAGCCAUAGGAGUUAGUGUUCCAAUGCCGUUGGAAUUAUGCAAUUUGGAUAAGCCAUUUAGGAGAUAUCACGUUUGUACUGAAGACUGGUUAACAGCCGGCCGAACGCACUCUGCCGGACAGGAAGGGAAUUGGCUUCGCUCGGCCUUCUCCAGGACCGAUCCGACCGCACGACCGCACCGUCCGAGCCGGGAGGCAAUGGACCACGAUCGACCGAGAGCAUCACAUCACGGCCGACCCUAUCUCCGCGAACAAGAAGCCCACUUAUGCAGUUUUGACAAUUCUCAGCCCAAUUAA